AUGGCUAUUACAGAGCUCAUUUUCCCGACCAUCAAGCCCAUCAAGGAGGUUGUUGAUGAAGUCGAAGAGAACUGGCCGACCAUGAGUAAGGCUUUGAUACACCCAAACCCGGGUCUUCUCAGCGCCUUUAGAGGCUGGGUCGUCAGUGAGAACGACAAAGAUGUCCGUGACCAGUACCGUGAGGUUCUCAUUUUUGAGUGGGUGGAGGAAGCUUCUUUCUAUUCAUUCAUCGCUUCUGCUCAAUUUGCUUCCUUUGUCGGAAUGAUCAAGCGAUUUAUCCAGGGACCACCGAUUUUGCAGCUUUACAACACGGAUCUCAGCCCCAAGAAUGUAGCUGUGGCUCCUGUCGUGGAGAUUAUCCGACUUAUUAUCUCGGACUCGGAGAAAGUCAAAGAGGCACAGGAGAGCUGGAAGGUGUUUUCAGGGGAAGGAGCUACCAAUGGCCAGGUCGCACCAACUGUGGUAUCUGGUCACAGUUUGAAUCUUGAGGGAAAUGUCGUUGUUGGGAUGCUGGGAUGGGCAAGCACAGAGGCCCGUGAGACUGGACUGAAAGAUAAGGCAUUUGAAACCGCACUGGAAUCUCUAAGCUUGCUUGGGGACCUGUCACGAAUCAUUGUUGAAGUGGAUCCGAUGGAACUGUCUGCCCUCUAG